ACAUUGUUAUAAGCUCCAUUAACGUGGACUAUGGUGAAGAGUAGAGGUGAAGGAGAAGAAGAAGAAGAGGAGAAGAAGAUGGAGGGGAUCAAUCAUCGGAGGGUGGAGGUGAACGGCAUAGGUAUGCACAUAGCGGAGAAGGGAGAGGGCGGGCCAAUCGUCCUCAUGCUCCAUGGCUUCCCGGAGCUCUGGUACUCAUGGCGUCACCAGAUCAUCGGCCUCGCUGCUAAAGGUUACCACGCCGUCGCCCCUGACCUCCGUGGCUAUGGUGACACCGAUGCCCCCUCCGCCAUCUCCUCCUACUCCAUCUUCCAUCUCGUCGGCGACAUCGUCGACCUAAUCAACGUCCUUGGCCAAGAACAAGUGUUUGUGGUUGGGCAUGACUGGGGCGCUGUGGUGGCGUGGCAUCUGUGCUUGUUCCGGCCGGACAAGGUGAAGGCUUUGGUGAAUCUUAGUGUUGCAUAUAGGCCUCGCAACCCGGCUGCCAAGCCGGUUGACUACUUUAAGGCCCUCUACGGAGACGAGUACUACGUUUGUAGGUUUCAGGAACCUGGAGCAGUUGAAGCACAAUUUGCCAGUGCUAAUACUAAACAACUAUGCAAAUGGUUCCUUAAGUUCUGUGAUCCUGGUGGGUUAUUUAUACCCAAGGAAGGUUUGGUUUUACCUAACGAUGAAUCUUCUCUACCUGCUUGGCUCUCCGAAGAAGAUCUUAAUUACUUUACUAACAAGUUCGAGAAGACUGGCUUCACAGGGGGAUUAAACUAUUACCGAUGUGUGAGCAGUAACUGGGAACUUCUGGCCCCUUGGACUGGAGCACAAAUAAAAGUACCUAGUAAGUAUAUAGUGGGAGAUCUGGACCUGACUUAUAACUAUCCUGGCAUCCAGGAUUACAUCCACAAAGGUGGUUUCAAGCAAGCUGUUCCAUUUCUUAAAGAUGUGGUUGUCAUGGCAGGAGUUGCCCACUUUAUCAACCAGGAAAAGGCUCAUGAAAUCACUGAGCACAUUCUUGACUUUGUCAAGCAAUUCUAAUCAACUUCUAUUCUGCGUAUCAAUAAACAAGCAGAGACUAGAAAAUAAAUCCCAAAAAAAGGAAGGUGUGAUUGGUACUUUCUGUAAAGACAUGGAUUUAUUAGUUAUUUAAAAUUGUACUAAUACGUUAUGAAUGUAGUAAUUUAUUUCGUCUCAA